AUGCAGCUUGUAGUUCUCGCCGUUGUGCUUAUUCUACCGUCUUUUCUAAGCGGGGAAUCCUUCUCCCAUACCACCGAUGUGCUCAACGAAUGCGAGGCCUAUAUUCGAGGAGGCGGAGACCGUGAAUGCACAUUGCUAAGAUCUGAAUACAAGAAAUUUGAUCCAGAAGCAUGCGGCGUGAUGUGCAAUAAUGGAAAAUGGCGGCUGUUCCCAGACGGGGUUUGCUCGAACGGUACAUUCUACUUUUUUAAGGGCAGCAUGGCAGAUCAAUAUCAAGAUUUUUUUGGCAUCGUCACGUGUUUGGCACUAACAGAGACUGCUAGGCAAAUAGUGGGUUACAACUGCCACGUUCUUCUCAAAAGUCAAGUCAGGUCUUGCCAAGUGGUUUGCUAA